AUGGACUUGAAGAAUCUGUCUACUCAUGGAACCUACAUUCUUAGUUCUCAUUUUGACGAGAGUACAUACAACAGUGUGCUUGAAUUUAUGGGUGUCAAAAGUGUGAGCAUUGAAUGGUAUGCAAAAUGCAUUGAAGGUUCUAAUCUUGUCAAGGAGGCACAUGAACAGCUUUACCUGGAAAUUAUAUAUUUUGUUGCCAAUAAUUGGCAAAACUGUUUCUUAGGUACAAACAUGAUGUCAAUUCCCCUACUGAGAUAUGUUGAUAGAAAUGGUGUUCUCUUGUUUUGGAGCAUAAAUAGAGCUAGUCAGUGGGAUGAUAGGUUGUGCAUUGCAUCUGACAGGACGUACAGAUCAUGGUUAAUCAGCUGGAACAAGGAGUUUCCAUCUGCUAAUCGGUUCUUUCUCCAUCCCAGCACACAGAUUGCUCUUGAAGCUUUCUCACAGAAGACGAUAGUGGAAAACUGGCUUCAGAACCAUGCAAAAGUGGAGGUUGUCUCUGUCUACAGUUAUGGGUUGACUGUUGUUGGUUCUUUGGGUAAUGAUUGGAGACCUCUUAUUGCUUUCGCACACUUUCUGUACCCCUCACUAAAGAUGGAACACAUAGAGAGCUACAACUUAUCAGAGCUAUGCCAUGUCAUGCCGGUAAUUGACAGCUAUGGCAGUGUUGUGAAGAAGAGAAAUAGCAUUAUUGUUCCCGCCAAGGGUAGCAAAUGGGUUGGUUUGCUGGGUACAAACCCAUGGAGGAAUGAUGGCUAUAUUGAAUUGUCAGCAAAUUACAAGUCAGCAGGCCAUUUUGCUGGGAACAACACAUCUGAGGAUCAGCCAUUGGAAUUCCUCAAGACACAUCUGCAUGCCUCAGAUGUCCCAUUCAUAAACCCGCCAAAUGCCAGCUUCCCUACUGUAUCAUCGCCUCUCACAGUGGAUAAUGCAUUCUUGCUACUGGAAUGGAUACGGAAUAUCGAUUCAAAUGGUGUAAGAUUACCAGAUCAGUUCCUGGCUUGUGUAAAAGAAGGAAGUUGGCUAAAAACGUCAGUAGGGUACAAGCCACCAAAUGAAUCAUUUCUGUCUAGUGCUAACUGGGGAAGCCUUUUGCAAAGUGUGUCUUCCUUUGUUGAUAUACCAAUGAUUGACCAACAAUUCUAUCGAAACAAGCUGCAUAUGUACAAACAGGAACUCAAGGCUAUUGGGGUGAGAUUUGAAUUUCAGGAGGCAUCAGCUUACAUUGGAAGCCGCCUCAUGUCUAUGGCUGCAAUCAAUGAAUUGACCAAAGAGAAUGUGUACUCGCUGCUUCGGCUCAUUCGGUUUUUACGAGAGAAGGUUCUAUCUCCAAGUGAACUGAUCGACAGUGUUAAAGGUGGAUGUUGGAUGAAGAGCACUCUUGGCUACAGGCGUCCUUCUGAUUGUAUCAUCCGUGACUCAGAUUGGAAUGUGGCAUCAUGUAUUAGUAACCAACCAUUCCUUGAUGUCCAGUUCUAUGGCGAGGCAAUUCAUGACUACAAACCAGAGCUGGUGUUGCUUGGUGUUAUUGUUGGGUUCAAACAAAAUUACCAGCUUGUUAUUGACAACUUCAAGUUCAAUUCUGCUGCUAUUACCCCUGAGGCUACUGUAUUAAUCCUCAAAUGCAUCCGCUAUGUGGGUUCAUGUGAAGAUUUUAUAAGGAAGCUCAAAGAUUUGAAAUGGGUGAGGACUAAUGUGGGAUUUCGUGCUCCUAAUGCGUGUUUUCUUGUGGAUCCUGAAUGGGAGUGCCUUGUGAAGAUUUUUGAAGGAGUUCCCAUAAUUGAUUUAGGAUUUUAUGGGAGUGUCAUCAGUUCAUACCAAGACGAGUUGAAGAAAACUGGUUUGAUAACACGAUUUGAGGAGGCAUCAAAGGCUAUAGCUCAGGUUUACAAGCAAAUGGUAUCCAUGUCAUCACUUACAAAGCCUAAUGUCCUUGCUGUACUAAAAUCUUAUGGGCAGCUGAGAACACACAGCCCACUUCCUGUUGAGCUUUUCAACUGCAUGCGCAGCGAGAAGUGA